UCUUCUUCUAUUGCUAUUGUCUACUCACACAAACAGAGAUGGGGGUGGGUAUAAUGGAGGUGAAACUGAUCGGAGCUAAGGGCCUUAAACGCACCAAUUUCUUAGGUAGGAUCGACCCGUAUGUUGUGAUUCAAUACAGAGAUGAAGAAUACACUAGCACUACUGCUAAAGGGCAAGGUAGGAAACCAGUGUGGAAUGAAGAGUUCAAAUUUAGGGUGGAAUUCCCAUCACUCGAUGGAUCGGAUGAUAACCAAAAUAAUUACAAGCUAAAUCUUCGUGUUUUCGACCAUGACACGUGCAGCAACGACGAUUUUUUGGGCCAAUCCACGAUAUAUGUGAAGGAUUUAAUUGCAAUAGGAUUAGAGAAGGGCAAAGCGGAUUUUGGCACACAAAAAUUUAGGGUUAUUCUCAAUGACCUUAGUUACCAAGGUGAAAUUCAAGUUGCGAUUACUUUUACAGCCAAGGUAUUGCCGUAAUUUAUUUAUUUUGUUAUUUUUAGUGGGAAAACCACAUAUUUAGUUUACAUAUAUUUUUAUAAUUAAUAGUAUGUUUAUUGAUUAUCUUUAUUUUUGUUGUGAUGCAGAGUGAGACUGAGCAAUCGGAAUACUUGGUGGAGAAAGA